AUGCCGCCCAACCUCCAGCGCGACGACCCCAUCGCCAUCGUCGGCGCUGGCGCCUUCGGCCUCUCCACCGCCCUCCACCUCGCCGAUGCCGGCUACACCAACAUCGCCGUCUUCGAGCAGGACAGCACUGUCCCGCCUGCUCGCUCGGCCGCAAACGACCUCAACAAGAUUGUGCGCGCCGAGUAUGAGGACCCGUUUUAUACCGACUUGACUAUCAAAGCAAUCCAAGCCUGGCAAUCCCCCCUCUUCGCCCCGCACUUCCACCGCACCGGCUUCCUGCACUGCGUCUCGGGCGCCGCGCCGCCCAAAGCCCAAGAGACGCUGAACCGCUUCCGCGCCUCGGCCGAGCGCCACCCUACCCUGCGCAAACACGUCGUCCCCAUCGACGACGCACCCGCCAUCCGCGACCUCUUCUGGCAGUACGACAACGCUGCCCCCCUGUCCGGCUGGCACGGCUACCUCAACCGCUUCGACGGCUACGCCCACUCCGGCGACGCCCUCAAGGCCGUCUAUCGCGAGACCCGCGCCCGCGGCGUGCGCUUCUUCCUCGGCGAGCUCCACGGCGCCAUCAAGGAGAUUGUCUACGAGGACACGCCGCAGGGGCGGCGGAGCACGGGCGUGCGCACCCGCGCCGGCCGCUUCCACGCCGCCAAGCUGGUCAUCGUGGCCGCGGGCGCCGCGGCGGCGCGCCUCGUCCCCGCCGUCGGGCAGCAGGUCGUCGCGAAAUCGUGGAGCGUGGCGCACGUGCGCCUCACGGACGAGGAGACCUCUGCCCUCCGCGGCAUUCCCGUCACCUACGCGCGCGACCUCGGCUUCCUCUUCGAGCCCGACCCCAAGACGAACCUGCUCAAGCUGUGCCCCAUGGGCGGCGGCUUCAUCAACACGGACCCCGCGACGGGCGUGUCGCUGCCGCCGGGCCUGCGCGAGAGCGCCUUCAUGCCGGCGCACGACGAGGCGCAGGUGCGCAAGCUGCUGGCGCACACGCUGCCGUAUCUGGCCAACCGCCCGCUCGUGCAAAAGAGCCUCUGCUGGUUCGCCGACUCGAGCGACUCCGACUUCAUCAUCGACUACGUGCCGCACACGGCGUCGUCGGUCGUCAUCCUCUCGGCCGACUCGGGCCACGGCUUCAAAAUGUUCCCCAUUGUUGGCGGCUGGGUCAAGGACCUGCUGCAGGCGCCUGACGGCCAGCAGCCCGUCGCGCGCUGGCGCUGGAAGGAGCCGCAGGCCGGGAAGGACAAGGGCCAGAAUUGGGGCGGCGACGUCAGCUGGCGCCUUGGCGAGUCGAAGGAGUUUGCGGAGAUUCGGCCGCCGCCGGAGCCGAAGCUUUAAAGAGCGCGAGGCAUCAUUUGGGGUUGCGUGGUGGUAAUUCCGGGGCUUGUUUGUUGUAGACUUGAUAGGUAGCUAGAUCCAGAAAUGCGGUUUUUUGCAUUCGGCUUUUAAGCCUCUUGAAGUUGUCUCGCGAUGUUGUGUGUUUGUGUAUGAGGCUCGGCUCGGCUCAGCUUUCCCGCAUUAUUGCUUUCCGUGGCUUCCGGGCUCCUCCCGCAUCUUGAUCCUCGGCAACCGGCCUGGCAAAACCUGCACUGCUGCUGAAAGACUGAUUCCGUGGCCUACCAGAUGCUGUGCUCCAGGAUGGUAUGAGACAGCCACUCCGUAUCGCCGCUUUCGAUCGAAUUGGCCGUGUCCAUGAUCUGCGCCGUCGUCAGGCCACCAUCAAAGCUAAAGCCCUCCAAAAUCCCAGAUAUCGGCGACGGCAAGAGGCCGUUAUCCACGGUCUGAGCAGCAGUCGGCGG